AUGAUCUCUGCUGUCCUCCUGCUCUGGACCGUGCCCUGUGUGGCCAACCAAAUCCUCGGUGGGUUUGCCAAGAGGGAGCUGCAGGAGGAGCCCCAGCUGGCCUGCAGCCUGCCAGGGCCCCCCGGGCCCCCCGGCCCCCCGGGUGUGCCUGGCACUCCAGGCACAGUUGGCAGGAUGGGAUUCCCUGGCAAGGAUGGGAAGGAUGGCCAGGACGGGGACAAGGGCGAACACGGCGAUGAAGGUGCCCAAGGCAGGACAGGAAAUCCUGGGAAGCCAGGCCCGAAGGGGAAGGCAGGAGCCAUCGGCAAGGCAGGCCCACGGGGACCCAAGGGCUUAAAGGGCAAUCCUGGGAAAAAUGGAGCCCCAGGAAAGAAAGGGCCCAAAGGGAGUAAGGGUGAGACUGGGCUGCCAGGGCCCUGCAGCUGUGGUGCCAACAGAGCCAAGUCUGCCUUCUCCGUGGCUGUGUCCAAGAGCUACCCGAGGGAGAGACUGCCCAUCAAAUUCGACAGGAUCCUCAUGAACGAGGGAGGACAUUACAAUGCUUCCAGUGGGAAGUUCAUCUGCAGCAUCCCAGGCAUUUACUACUUCACUUACGACAUCACCUUGGCCAACAAGCACUUGGCCAUUGGCUUGGUGCACAACGGGCAGUACCGCAUCAAGACCUUCGACGCCAACACUGGCAACCACGACGUGGCCUCUGGGUCAACCAUUCUUGCUCUGAAGCAGGAGGAUGAGGUAUGGCUCCAGAUCUUCUACUCAGAACAAAACGGGCUCUUCUAUGAUCCCUACUGGACAGACAGUUUGUUUACUGGAUUCCUGAUCUAUCCUGAUCAAGAUUAUCUCAAUGAAGUAUAG